UCUGCCCUAACUAGCUGCAAUACUCCACGUAAAUCAAAACCAACAACAAGUUCCAUGACUGAACAUUCAACGAGUACUAAAAAACAAACUAUAACAUCACCUUCUGGAUAUGGCCAGCACAAAUUACCAGAUGUCGAAGAGACCUGUACAAAAGUACCGGAUAUCGUAAUUGCUAGUAUAUGUUCGUUCAUCGUUGGUGUGUUAUGUGCUGUGUUCGUAUUGCUCUUUCUCUUUCGCCGAAAUAUCUGUAAAAGAAAAGGAACGGGUAAACACAUAGAAGAGGUUGUUGUCCUGGACGAUGGUGGUUUCAAUGCUGAGCCUUUUGAAUCGAACGAAAGUAAGUCUGGUCCUGACAAAAAGACAUAUGAAUCUUUGACUAGUGCAGACAGUGCCAUGAAAGACCACAGACAUUCGGAUCAUGUUUACCUCGGAGUAGAUACGAGACUUAGAGAGAUAUCAGGUGUGAAAAAUGUUGACCGAAAUGCGUUACCAACAAACUCCAAUGAAAUAUGUAAACAGGCACCGGUAAAAGAGCAAAAUAAUGCGGCGAAGGAGGACCAUGUGUAUAAUGUACUGAAAUCAGAAGAAUCUGUUAAUAUUUACGAAGAUGCAAAGGGAAAUGAAUUGCAUGAACACACAUACACUGGAUUGAACAGCCGAAAGACACAAGAUCGCAAUGAAGAGCAGGGAAUUUCGAAAGGGCUUGAAUACAAUGACCGCACAAGCGAGUGCCCUGAUUAUUUCGUUUUAGCAGACGAAGCAAAAGGACUUCCGGCAAAUGUUACACACAAAGCUAAUGAAGUUCAAGGCUGCGACUUACACACGACCGAAAUGACGGGAGUAGAUCCGCCUUCAAGCGACCAUGCUUAUUUUACGCUGCAGAAGAUUGAGCAAUCUAGCAGCCCUACUCCACAUGUUGAACAAAAAGAUGAAGAUAGUGAAUCUGAAAAUGACACUGAUGGACAUGCAUACCAUACUAUUGAAAGGGUAUAAGUGUUAAGCUUUACACUAGAACAUAUGUAUAUUUAUUAGUUCAUGAAAAUCCAAUCGUAUUCCAUGCUAUACUUUUAAUUAUUGAAUUUGUUAUAUACCGUAAUAUGUUUUAACCUUUUGUGACUAUUGUUGCAUUCCUCCUAAAUUAUU